GUAUGUGAUGAGUGAGCUGGAGGAAGGAAAGAGAUUUAGUGAAGUUGUGAAAACAGCCAAGUCUCUUGGCUAUACAGAACCUGAUCCACGUGAUGAUCUUGGUGGAAUGGAUGUAGCCAGAAAGGCUUUGAUCCUGGCUAGGCUUCUGGGGCAACAAAUUAGCAUAUAGAAUAUCAAUGUUGAGAGUUUAUAUCCUAGAGAAUUAGGGCCUGAUACAACGUCCACAAAGGACUUCCUUGAAAGCGGUUUAGAAAAACUUGACAAGAGCAUGGAAGAAAAGGUCAAAGCAGCAUCUUCGAGAGGAAAUGUUCUUCGCUAUGUGUGUGAGAUUGAAAGCACAGGGUGCCAAGUAGGCCUUAAAGAGCUCCCAAAAGAUUCUGCGCUUGGUAGAUUGAGGGGAAGUGACAAUGUGCUGCAGGAAAGAAUGCACAGGAAAGCUGGGUCAAGUGCUGCACCUAUCAACCAAAUUGAAGGUGAAAGCAGAAAAUGUACAGAACUGAAAUCCAAGACAGCAAGCAGCUCUAAUCAUUCAUUACAAUGUAAUCCUCCAUUAGUGCCUGCUAAAGCUAAAGUUGGCAUGCUAUCCAGAGGCAACUCAGGUGCUGUCAAGAAUUUUUCCCAUUGUAAUAGCGAUGAUACCGUAGUCGUACGGUUUGUAGGCUCUGCAUUGGUUGGGAGGUCAGAAACUGAAGAUGCCUGCCAUCAUGGCCUAGUUGAACCAACUAUAAACACUAAGGAGGCCAUGGAUGCCAUCAAUAGCAUGUUUCUGGAGCCACUGGAACCUGAGACGAUGCUCAAGAGACGAUCAAAGCGUGAAAACCCAAAUCAUAAUCAGCAAGCUAGUGCAUUUGAUAUAUUUGUUGAUGAAAAUGAACCUAAUGGCAAUGAUCCAAACAGGCUUCACAACAACAGAAUGAAGGAAGGCCAUCCAAAUUUCAGUCAGCAAACAAGAGGGUUUGAGAUCUUUGUUGACCAGGAUGGUCCUAAUGGCAAUGACCAAAAUGCAGGGCAAAACAGGAACUCUGAUAAGGAAAACGUGAAGUUAAAUCAUGAAAAAGCUGGGUUUGAAAUCUAUGUUGAUGAAGAUGAGGCUAAUGACAAUGUCCAGAAUGCCAUGUGGCACAAGAAUAAUAAGCAUCCUCCAAGACCAUUGUGUGACGCAUCAAGACAUCAAUGUGAAAGUACCUUCCAGAAGCCAUUUGUGGGAGGACUUGCAAUAUUGAAAGAUGAUGAUGAAGAACAAUCUGGGAGAAGUGAUGAAGGUAUUAAGAUAAAUUCCAGAACGGUGCAGACUACUCAUGAUAAUAAUUCUUUGCUCCGUCCAGUUCAAUAUUCAGGGACAGGAUAUCAUGAAGGUUCUCAUCAUGCAGAUUCUGGGCUUCGAGAAGACACUGUGAUUCAUAGGUUUGUUGGGUCCACUAUAGUUGAUGAGCCUAGGGUGGAAAAUGCAUGCCACCAUGGGUUAGUGGAACCAACUAUCAAUCUGAAGGAGGCUAUGGAUGAUAUAAACAACAUGUUUGGUAGACCAUUGAACUUCAAGGGUGAGAGAACAAAGAGGAAAACCAAUGCACUGUCAGUUAGAAAACUGACUCCAGUUUCCGGUUUCUCCAUAUUAGCUGAUGAUGACAUACAAGAGAACCCCACCAGCAAAGCCAAUCAGAAAAACCCCUGUAAAUCUGAUGCUGAGAAUUGUCUAUUUGAGCCCACAAUCACCACUCGUGAUGUCAUGGCAGAGAUCAAUGAUAUGUUCGGGAUGCCACUGGACUUCUAGUAUGCUUGUGUAGUGAUUUUGAUGCUUUUUCUGAUAAGAAAAUUUUUAAAGAUGCGUUGUGUCGUGCGACACAGGUGGAUAGAUACAUCAAAUGUGAGGAAGCUCGCUCAUCAGGUGAUUCAGGGUGAAGGAACAAACUGGCAACGAUUACACUGCUGAUGUUGUUGCUGAUAAAAUCUAGGUUCAGGAUAUUCUCCGCAGAAGGGAAUGGUUAGCAUCCAGAUCUUAUUCACACCAAUAACUAGUUGGUCGCUGGUGGCUGGUGCAAUGUGGCAUCAUGCAUUGCUGACAUUGAUGUUGGAUCAAGGCUCCAUUUUCGAGUUGAAAAUGCUAAGACUAAUAUAUUAUGAAGUUUUUGGCCAGCAUCGUGAUCUUUAUUCCCCCUCUUUCUGGUUGCGUAUCUACGUGCUGGUGAUAGUUGUGUUCGGAGGAUAUGGUACUUAAGAUUGUUGGAUUACUAAAAGCAUUUCAGAAAGCAACAGCUUAAACCUUCAAAGGAAAUGUUGCAAAUGAUUUAGUAGAAACAUGGUAGCACUGGCGUUGUUAGAGCAACUUCAAGAGUCUAGUCAAAUCUCGCUAUCCAUAUUCUCAUUUAGCUAUCCAUCUGAUCAAGAUUCUCUCUUUAUAUUCGGAUACACUCCAACAGACUAGCGGGGGAUGGCCAGUGAGAGUGGCUA